UGCUGCCAGUUCAGCAGAUUCAUGGACUGAUGUACUAGAAAAAGAUGUGGUAAGUAAAAUUCCAGAAAGCCCAACUGCAGAUUCCCUGUCUGAAGAGGAACAGUUUCAGUCUAGGGUGUGUUUAGCAUUAGAUAAUCAAUAUUCUUCUAAUAAAUCUCCCCUGAAGUCUCCUGAUGUAGAUUCUGAACAGAGCACCAAAAUCAAAGAUUUGGACUUCAUAUUCUCUGACACAUCGAAUAGCUCUGUUGAAAGUGAGCAUCAUCAGCUUACCCGAAAACUAAGUAGCAGUAGUUCUAGUGGAACAGGUGAUGGGCUUCAUGAAGGUAUUGGCAGUGACAGUUUUAAAGCAGCUGGUCUUGACACACAGUCAGGUUUUUCAUGUAACUCCUUAGAAGCCUCAGCUGUAUAUUGGAGUGAUGAUGACACAAAUAUAACUUCAGAUCUCAUUGCGACAUCUAGAGAAAGCAGCCAGUGUGUUACAAGUAACUUUCCACAGCAGUUGGAGUCAGAAGACCAUGUUGAAAACAUCAAAGACAAAAAUUACAUGCCAGUACUGCACCGGGCUGAGAGAACACUUGAUGGUGUCAAAACGCCCAGUAUAGAAGACUUAUCAGUUCCUGCAUUCUGUGCGAAUUCAAUAACUGGGGCUGUUCCUAGUUCACAGAAGAUCACCUUGAAGGCAGAAAGUGAUGUAGACCAACAUGAAGUCCCUGAAUUUGAUGCUCACAACAACACACAAAAUAAUGAAAUCUCCUGUCUUCAAACAAAAUCUGCAUGCUCUCCCUGCAAAGAUUUAAUACCUGUAGCCACAGUGGAUUGGAACACUAACUCACCUAUACAAGAACAAAUUACAUCCCAUGUCAGACUAGGCGUUAAUUCCCAGAUGCAGUUAAAAAGAAAGCUUUCUCAUGAGGAGCAUGACGACACUGGUAACAGAAGCAGCAUUUCCCCUCUAUCCAAAAUGUGUCCCCCUGUCGUUGCAAUUUCUUCAGAGUCUGCUGAUGAGGAACCAGCACCAAAUCAAAAGGAAAUUGGCACCCCUGAUGCUUUAGGAUCAUGCAGCACUUCUCAGACAAGCCUUACUGAAUAUGUUACCCAAAUGCCAUCCAAGUCUGAAGCCAAGCACUCUUUAUCACUGCAGAAGCUGAAAAGUUCAUAUGCAUCCAUCCCUCCUUCUGCAGUCAAAGUGGGCAGUGCUUCUCAGAAGGCUGUAGAUAGUAAUGUAAGGAGAUGUCUUCAGAGCUCUUAUUUCAACAGUCAGUUGGAACUCUCUUCCUUUAAGCUUCCUCCUCCUGAGGCAAGUGACUCUGCUGAGGUGAUUAAUAGCCGCCAUGAGAGAACUGACAAAGAGGAUGACUUUGCAGAAGAUAACCAGCAUGGAGACCAGCAAAACCAGAAAGGACAAACUAACCUAUAUGAUUACAUGGAUGGAAGAGUUGCUUCGGAGCCUUGUAUUGCAGUGGGAUCGAAAGACCCUAGUGACUUACAGACUACUAAUGAUUUUAGUAGUAUGAACAGUGUGCCAAAACUAGAGGUUAUGGAUUUGUCUAGGUCAGCAUUGAACAAUUUAGCUUGUGAACGUGCUGCCUUUCCUGCUUUCAAAGAAGAAAAUCUGCAGUGUUCUCUGCAAGUACAAACGCUUUCUGACACUUCUGAUCAUUGCAGCCUGGACUUCAAGGAGUAUCCCACAACUCUCGUUCCAGUAAUCUCAACUUUGCACAAAUGUGGUGCCUCAGAGACUUCAGUAAGCUCUCUGCCAGACCAUUCAUUUCAACCGUCUGUAGCAAAUCUUCAGAUUCAAGACAUGGUCCUCUCUCCAUGUAAGUUUAGCCAGCUAGCUUCGGAACAUGUUUGCUCUUCAGAUGAAGCUUCCUGUCAUUCUGAGGAUUUAGGUGAAGAUAUGGAAGAAUUCCCAUCCGUGUCUACAGAGAGUUCAAGUGCUAUUGGCCUCUUGUCUGAAACUAAAAAUAUGGACAAUCUCUCUGAUGCUGAAAAUUCUGCUCCCAAAGCAAGUUCCAGUAAUACAAACAUAAUGGAGAGUGAACUUCAGAAAGCCUGGGCUUUAUCCGAGGGAGAUAUUGAGUUCCAGUUGAGUCAGUGUCAAACUGUGCUUGAUGAAAUUUCCCAGACUCUGUGUGCUGUGGAGGGCAUUGAUAAAGUGCACAUGGAGGAAUGGAGAGAGCAGAUUGAAAAGUUGCAGAAAGAUACAAAAAUGCCAAAGACCUACAUUGCAGUGGUGGGGAACACCGGGGCAGGGAAAAGCAGCUUGUUAAAUGCCUUGCUGGAUGAGGAAGCGGUGCUGCCUACAUCUGCCAUGAGAGCCUGCACUGCUGUGGUGGUGGAGAUCUCCAAGACUGGUGGGAAGAGUCUAUAUGAAGCAGAUGUGGAGUUUCUUUCUAAAGAAGAGUGGGAUAAUGAGCUGAAAGCUCUCCUAGAAGAUAUGAAAGACAAAUCUGGUAACUUGAAGAAACGAUGCCCAGAUCGCAAGACUGAAGCUGGCGCUGCCUAUAGUCGUGUGAAAGCUGUAUAUGGGACGAUAGCAGAACUUCCAAAGCUGAUGGAGAUGAAGGAGGUGACUCAGCAUCUUGGGACAGUAAAGCACAUCUCUGCAGAGAAGGCAGCAGAUUUUCGAACAAAAAUAGAGAAAUUCAUUGACUCUCGGACUGAUAACUUACGCGACAUGAAAGGUGGAGAAUUUUGGCCCAUUGUUAAAUGUGUCAAAAUCCGUGUUCCUGGUGCUGAUGUCUUGAAGACUGGGGCAGUGCUGGUGGAUUUGCCUGGAAUAAGAGAUUCCAAUGCUGCCAGGGAUAAUGCAGCCAAAGAGUAUUUAAAGAACUGCAAUGCAGUAUGGGUAGUAGCCAACAUCAACAGAGCAGUGGAUGACAAGACUGCCAAAGAGAUGCUGAGCGCAAACCUGCGGAGGCAGCUGCUCAUGGAUGGCCAAUAUGGGAGUUUAGCUUUCGUUUGUACUAAGACUGACAGCUUCAAAGUUACAGAAAUAAUGAGUGACCUGGAUUUAAGAGAUGAAAUCCAGCCCAUAGAAAAAUCACUGGAAGAGCUGGAAAAUCAGCGGGUGCAAAUGGAGAUGGAGAAGGACACUCUUUAUGCUCAACUCCAGCAAGAGCAGCAACGACAAGGACCUGGUGCAGAAAAUCCAGCCUCAUUCCAGAAAGAAAAUGACCUUAGGAAGAAAAUCCUAGAGAAGGAAUUCAGAAUUAGUAAUUUGCAAAGAGAGAAAGAGAUGAAGCUUCGUGACAUUAGUCUGAUCUGCAUUCAGUCCCGAAAUAGGUUUUCCAAACAGCGGAUUUGGGUGGAUUUCAACAACGGCCUUCAGGAAAUGAGAAGGAAAGCAGCAUUUGCUGAAGAUGAUGAAGAUGAAGAAGAAGAGGAGACUGAAGAUGAAGAAUUAACUACUUCAGACACAAGUGACCGUGGUGAAGUUGAAUCCCAGCAUGGGAAACUUCAGGUUUUCACAGUCAGCUCUACAGAAUAUCUAAAAUUGCAUGGAAAACUGCUCCGAGAUGGGCAGCCGCAAGUCUUCCACGAUGAGGAGGAUACAGAAAUACCAGCUCUAAAGAAGUUUGCCAUUCACACGGCCUUGCAGCAUAGCAUGGUGGCAACAGAGAAGGUGAUCAGAAAUGUGGCUCGUGUCAUAAGUCAAGUGGUCAAUUAUCUGACCAAUCAGAGAGCAGAGGACAAUUCUCACCGGGCCCAGGUCCAAGAAAUCGUGCAGGAGUGCCUGUCGAGACUACCCAUGCUCCUUCAGGAGGCAGUGGAAGACAGCCUCCAUGAUAUCCAGUACUAUUUUUCUGUCCUCAUUCUCGCCAAUCUAAAGAAAGGAGCUAGAAGGGCAGAGGAGCUGUGCGAAGACAAAGUCAGAAGUUGGGGUUUACCUGGUAUUGGAUACCCCUAUGCUACGUAUCGAGCUGUGUGUGCUCGUCAAGGUGUCUACAGCUCUGUAGCAUGUGGGUUUGUUGAUUUCAAUGAGCAACUCACAGAGCCAAUAUCCAGUGCAAUCUCCAUGACCUGGAAUGAGGUCUUCAGUUGUAAAUUGGGGCAGUCCAUCACACAGUUCAGCAAAGCCAUCUUAGAUAAAUUGAAAUACUUCUUCAAAGAUCUCAAGAACAAGCUCUGGGAAAAAGGCAGAAACACAGAGCCAGUAAACGUCAUUCAGAGGCAUCAAAUGGAAGCUGUCCAGGCUUUGCUGUGCAACUUUCUCCUGGAUCAGAUGGAGUACAUCAAUAAAAGGCAGCGCGGUAUAUCCCGUGUCCUGACACCAGAAAUACAGGCUAGCAUGAAACAGACAUAUGCAGCUUGUAGCCAAAUGAAUGGUCCAGGCUGUUUCCAGAGAAUGAAAGAUCUUAUGCAACGGCAUGUCCGCAAUCAGAAGGAGACCAUGUUUAACUGUGUCACUGAUAAGUUACGGCACCAGCUUGACCUGCUCCAGGUAUACAUUGGUGGUAGUUUUGAGUGCUUGGUUCAGGAACUGACUAAAUCCUUGAAACUGCAGUUUGAACCAAUGCUGAAGCCUGUCCAGAAAAAUGAUGGAAUUAUUCCAGAUUUAGUGAACAUCUGUGCCAAAGUCAGCAAGAUUUGUAAAAUAUCUUGUGUAGAUUAUGUUCUUCCCAACCUCAGCCAGACAGAAAGCUGUUCUGUGCCUGCCUCUCCUGGGAAAGAGCUGACAUUAAAGAGGGAGCUGCAGGAAGACUUGGAUCCCCCAGUCUUCUUGGGGAAGUGCAAUAUCAUCCGCAUUGGGACCAUGUCACUUUCUCACAUUAAUCCCAUUCAGAUAUCUGUGCAAGAAGUCGCUAUCACUAUGACAGAUAAUAUCACCAUGACGCUUCCGUUCAGCAGCGUGUAUCUUUGUGAAUGUUGCUUCCACCUGUAUUAUUUGAUCCUUCAUCUCUCUCCUGAGUUUGCCAAGAACAUUUACUCCAGAUUGGGAGCCCAGGCAUCCAACCCAAGUAACCAGGAGGCUCUCAUUAUCCUGGACAAGCUCCAGGACCCAUCAUCUUUCCAUAGCUUGAUAGAAUUCAUUUCGGCAAGACAUGGGGGCAUACCUUGGUUCCAGGAACUAAAUCUGCAGCAGGGAAGAGAGAAACUGGAAUCUCUGGGGGUGUAUUACACUGUCAAAGACUUAAAAUAUGAUGACGAAGAAAAGACUCUUGAGGUCCCACCUUCCAGUUUGCCAUCAAAUCAACCAACCGUCUUCACCAUUGCACAGCAGCCCCUGCUCCCUGGCGUGAAGUUAUAUCCAUAUGGCAGAAAGAGAGGAGGAGGAGAGAUCCAGUCACAGUUGGAGAAGAAGCACAAAGGCAAAACCACAGAACAAAGCCCAGAAGUGGAGCCUGCUGGGUUCCAUCUACCAAGCCAACACAUUCCUGGCAGACUGGUCUCAGCCAUGGCAAGUCACCCACAGAACGCAAGCAGAGAGUGGAAUACAACCUCCGUUCCAGGAACAUCCGUGUCUGAGGCACCACCCAGCUCUCAUGUAACUGUGAAGGAUGAAAGAGAUCUGUUUACCAUUCCAAGUGCAGCAGGUGUCCUCCAUGUCCGAGCCAAGGAGGGUGUUUGGGGAAAGUGGCGAAGUCCAAAUGCCCAGGAAGACAACAGUUCUGAUGUGGAUAAAAUGGAGACCAGUGGAAACACGCACACAGCAAAAGAUUCAUGGAGCCCACACUAGUUUGUUAUAAUACAAAGACUGUUACCUGACUUAUAUGUUCAUAUAUUGUGUGUAUAUAUCAUCAGUACCAAAAGGCUGUAGAAAUAGACUCCUUCCCGUUGAAAAACUUCUGAAACUGAUUGUCAAGUAAUCUUACACUGAUAAUUUAAUACGAUUUACUGAGUGAAUUCUGGGCACUGUCUCUGAAGUAGCCUGCUGCAUCAGUGCCUCUUUUCAGAAUGGAAGAGUUUGCAUACAACAGCAAAGCUGAAGUAUCCAUUUGGACAAUAGUUGGCUGUUUCUUGAAAGAGAAAUUAAGUGAGUCAGCUGCAUGCAGAGAUGAUAUAUAUGGGACUCCCCCUUUGCUAAGACACUUGACUCUAGAGUGUAGCCAACAACUCUUUGCCAGUGAAAGCCAUAUUGGUAAAGAAAAACUUAGAGUAACCGGCAAAGACUCAUCCAAAAUGCGUAGAGUCAAAUGCUAAGACACUGUAGCCUACAUAUUAAUCCAAAGCAAUAGAUCGUCGACCCACUGAUUUUUUGGAGAGGAAAACAGAUUGUGAUUUGAUCAACAGAAAACUUCUGCAAUAAUAAAGAACAACUUCUUGUUGUUCCCUGUAAAUUGAGGGGAUGGAUGAUGUCCCAGGAUAAUGUGUUUUGUUAGGGGAUUACGCUAAUCUACAUUAAAACCUCUCCCUGGCCUUCUGGUGAGGUGUAACCCAAACCCUUCCAUCUGGUGAGAGUGAGUUCUUGGAGUUACAUUGUGUGUCAAGUGUGAGAAAUUGCUGAGUUUUGUGUCCCAUAAGGACAUGGUGUCUGAGAGAGUCUGGAGUUGGAUUAUACUUUCCUGUAUCAUAAAGCCCUGCAGUGUUAUAGUGGCAGUGGAUGCAAGUGGGGCUUGAUCCAAAGCCCACUGAAAUCAGGUAGAGACUCGCACUGACUUCAGUGGUCUUUGGAGCAGGUCCAAAAUGAAGACGAGAAUCCUUGGUGAAGAGGAAUCUGUGCAGUACAGUUAAAUCUUCAUGGAUUAACUGUUUAGUUUUGCUUUCUCUAAAUAUUCCCAGUUCUGCUUAGUUUCAUAAUGGAGUCUUUGCUGAACAGAGCUGUGGAGCACAACGAUCUGUUUAAUAGUAUUGCCCCCACCCUUCACUGUCUUGUUUCUCCUUUUUACUGUGUUUCCAUCCUUUCCCUGCGAUGCUGCCUCGCUGCAGGAUUAGUAGUGCAGCUUGCUGCUACAUUUGCAAGUGCUGUAAGAAUUUAUGCUGUUGAGCAGGAUUGGUUUUUUUGUUUUGUUUUUAACUGAAUGCAGGACUCUUUGAAGUAAAGCAGAUAAACUGCUAGGAUGUUAGGGACCCAGCCUGACUGAAAGUGUCUCUCAGUGCAUCACUUCAGCUGACAAACUGUUUUUGCCUUACACCAAUAUGGUGUUUUCUAGCAUUGCUUGAAUCAUGCAUUAUAUUUGUGCCUUUUUGUGUUUAUAAAAUAAAAAUACUUGAUAUUCUUCC